AUGGAGCACGACGCCAUCGAGUCCCUCGUCGCCAGGAGCCAUGUCCUGGAGAUCCUCAACAUCGAGGGAUGCCGCAGGGAGCUGCGUCUACGCCUCGUCAGCCAGAGCCUACGCUGCGUGCAAAUCUGCAGCUCGGUUAUGGAGAGCAUCACCAUGCUAAAGGCUCCAUGCCUCGAGCGGCUUAUCCUCCCUGGCAGAGUCGGUCGUGGUGCCUUCAGAGUCAGGAUUGUUGAUGCCCCCAAGCUGCACACAUUUGGAUUCUUAGAGCCAGGACAGGUCCUAGAGGUUGGGAAAACGGUCAUCAUGCCCGGGAUAAAGGCAAGCACAAGUACCAUGCUCACAACCGUGAAAAUUCUGAGCUUGAAUGUGCGUUUUGGGGUUCGCAGUGACGUCAAGAUGGUGCCCACCUUCCUCAGGUGCUUUCCCAACGUGGAGAGGCUGCACAUUAUGAGCAAAAGAUGCGAUCAACCCACUGGUGACCACCUCACCCGCAAGUUCUGGGAGGAGUCUGGUCCCAUCGAAAAUGUCGUCUCGCGCAUCCACACGAUGUGCCUCCGCGAGUUUAGAGGGGACACUGGUGAGGUUGGCUUCCUGGAGUUCUUCUUCGGUAGCGCACGCUCGCUGCGGUCCGCGUUCAUCGUGAUGGCCAAUCCACGCUUCACACCGUACUCGACGAAGGAGGCGGUCGCCAAGGUGAGACACAACUGCAGAAACAUGGCAUCUGAGUCCAGCUACCAGGAUGGUAUGCAUUUUACAUUCUGA